AUGGCCUGCCAGCUGCGAGCGCUAUGGGUCUUCCACAUGGAGUCGGAGGUGCGACUCCUCACCAGCCGCCGCUUCCCCACUGUGGAGCGCAAGCUUCAGCGGCUGCAAGGCAGCAGCCAUGUGCCGCUUCCCUGCGAUGAAGACAUCAGCCACCUUUUCGUGUCAGAGGUUCUGGAGGAGGAGGAGGACCACAGCCUUCCGGCAGAUCUACCAGCGCCAUUCCACGAGGACUUCCAUCAAGGGUCCUUCAGCUGGGAUGCCAUGGAGGAGUCGCGGAUGGAGAAGCUCUGGCCCCUGGGCCCGGUGACGGCGCUGAUGAAGGGCAAAAUUUGGCCGGUGGUCUUCCUGCAGAAGAAAGGCUACUACCUGGUCACGGCCGUGGCAAUUAUGGAUCGCAACUGUCAGGAGAAAGGCGGCGAAGGCGAACGCCCCCGCGCUUUAGACUUGCCCGCCGUGACAGCUGCCUUCGCGGUCUUGGAGGACAUCUGCGACUUCAUUCCAGCCAAUCUGUCGAUCUCCGAUGUUACCGGCAUAUCAGAGCUUCAGUACUACAUCAGGAGCGCACUGCCUUUCGGCAGCCCAGUGAACACCAACUUCUACCUCCUGCGCAUGGUGCGGCAUGGCUUCCCAAACAAGGAGGAUGACACCUCUCACCGAUCACCGGCGUGGAAACCCUACCUCUACAAGGGCAAGAGCAAGCUGACCUUGUCCAUCGUGGAGACGAUCAACUGCACCCUGUACGGCAAGCCCGAGUAUGAAGAUGAAUGCUACAUCCAGGGCACUGUGUAUUGUUGCGCCGACAUCGCAGGAGUGCCGGAAGUGUGUGUGCCCAUCUCCUUCCAACCGCAUGUGACCAAAACAUUCUUUGGCGGAGCCUCUGGCGGAGCCGACGUGGAGGAGGAUGCCAGCUUGCCUUCUUCACCAGAAAUCAGCGUGCAUAAUUGUGCUCACAUUGUUGGGGGCAUCAAGCCCGCCAAGGACGAAUCCUUCAAGAUCUCGUGUUUGCCACCGACAGGGCCUUUUGUGCUUUGCAGGUACAACUUCCGGCGCAGCCCCAGCAUGCCAGUUCGAGGAUUCUACCAGCUCAAGGAGCUGUCGCCCCUGGAGUUCCGGCUCCUCCUCCAGGUGCAGCUCCAUCCGCUCGUCUCCUCUGCCAGCGGCAGUGGGUCAUGGAACUGCCAAGUGAGGCUGCCGUUCGACCACCGCGGAGUGAUCCGGUCACAUGACCUGAAAUGCACCAGCGGCUCCUUCUCGCUAGCCGAUCACAGCCGGAGCAUCGUCUGGAAUCUCAAUGUGCGGAGACCUCGAGGUACCCUGGAGGCGAAUCUGCUGGGUGAGCUCAUCUUCGAAGCCCCGCAGAAGCCGCAGCAAGACCAGACCAAGCGGGAGCAGCAAUUGCAGCAGAAGCAACAGCAGCUCCAGCAGCAGCAACAGCAGCAGCAGCUUCUCCAGCAACAGCAGCAGCAACAGCAACAGCAGCAACAGCAGCAGCAGGCGCAGCAGCAAGCGCAGCCAUCUCAGCAGCCCUCGCCACGUCCCGGCGAAGCUGACAAGGCUUCAGCCGCAAGCCACACAGGGACGCCUGCAGAGUCUGAGGCGCCCUCAGAGGGAGAGGAGGAGACAGGAGAGCAAGCCGCCGCCGGUGACACAUCGGCUUCCCGAUCUGGCGUCGAUAUGCUUCUCAACGCGGCGGGCGGCGGCGCGCAUGCCGGAGGCACCGCUGAGGGAUUCACGCUGCUGGCAGCACUGGAGAAGGAGCGCGAGGGCGGCAUGGAGUCCAGCUUCAAGGCAAGGUGGCCCGAGGAGAGCCAGUUCGAUGCGAAUCGUUCAUCGGCAAGUGGCAACCAGGAAGCACCCGCAGAAGAUGACGGUCAGGUGGACCUGGAGCAUGGAAGUCUGGUGAUCGCCGCGGUGGGCGCGCCGGCGCGGGCCGCGCUGACGAAGCCCCAAGCAUCCCCGCUCAACGCCACAGCCAAAGGUACCUUGCCGGUCAGCUCCCCGCCGACUGCCACGACAGCCUCCAACAACCCUGCCAUGACAUCACCAGAUCCCUUCCUGAUGGGUGUGAACUGCUAUGCCGAGGUUUUCCUGGAAGUGCCAGACGUGGCGCUGUCCGGGAUUCACGUCGAUCCCAAGGCUGUCACUGUUUAUCCGACCACCCGCGUGUAUGGCGGUGUGGCAGUGCAGAAGGAGUUCCUCACUGGAAAGUACAUUAUUUGGAACAUGGCUGGAGAUGUCAGAGGUCACUUCAACGGCCUCGAGUUUGACCAGGAAGGCCCUGACACCGAGCCAGCGCAGAAAAGCGAGGCUCAGUGA